GUGGAAGGUGGAGUUACGGAUGACGAGUCUCGGCCCUGGUAGGGGCUCCUGGCGUCGUUGCGUACCCUGGUAACAUUGGACCCCCACUUGCUCGUCCCGAAGUCGGAGGCGCAUAUACGACGGGCUCGACACCGAUAUACCCGACAACGACAACGACGCCGACCGGCGACCAUCAUCCGUCCAAGCGUCUGCAGUUGUUGCAGUCGGCUCACGGCGCUCACCGUCGAGCACGCGACCGUAUACAGUUCCAGGGGAUUCCCUCCGACGUUUCCCUCCGUUGUAUAUUACUCCGUUUGCUUCCUUCGGUACUUGGUGGUACUCAUAACCGGCCGUUUUCCACGUUGCGACUCGUACCAAGGAUAAUAUCCGCGAUCGUUGUUCGCGAGACAGUGAGUCACAUAGGUGCCACAAAGCAAAUCGAAUAAGAGCGAUCGGAAUUCUACUUUUUUCUCUUUCGCAAACACGCACAAUCACAUUGUGGCACGAUCGGAAUUGGGAAGGCCUGGAACGAACCGACCGACCGGUCCCCACGCAAGUUUCAUCCGUGCGUUCACGUCUAUGUCUCUUCGACGAGUGUUUCGACCACAGUGAGGAUACUCUGCCGAAAGAAGGGAGAUCCUCCCGUCAAGUGACAACAAAGAAGCCUGGAUUGACAAGGGAAUAAAGAGAAGAUUGCCAGCGGGGAAGAUCGUUCGAUCGUGAAUAUCUCAACAUUCAGAGUUGAGAAGAAGGGAGACAAAAUUAUAUUACAGAGGAUUUGAGAUCGUUCUGUUCACCCAGAAGGAACUGUUGGAGGAACGACUUAUCGAGGGAAAGAUAUAAAAGUGUAGGGGCGCAGAAGUCGAAGGCGUCGGAAGAGCGAACGUUUACACACUUGUAAAACGGUGACACGGAGGGGGGGGGGUUUUACAUGCGUCAUCGUCGUGCAGGUACAAAUCGCACGCGACCAUACACUUCGACGACAGUACACGUGUGUAACGACGCGCUCGAUUGCUCCUGCGAAACACCGGGCUACGAUCAUCCUUCGAGGAUUCACGGUGAUAAAUGCGGUGCCGGAGAUGACGUCCUCCGCGUUCUCCAAAAUGACGAUCCGGCUGGUCUUGCUCUGCUUGAUCGUCACGUGCAAUGGUGUACCCGUGCCAGAAGAAUCUGAUGACGCUGCAACGAUCAAUGUUACCACGGUCAGCCCGAUUUCUAUGGGUCCCGAAAUUCAAAGUCACUCGAUGGACGAUAUCUUGCCAGGAACAAAGGCGCCACAGAGCCCAGUAAUAUUCGUGGACGUUCCGGAGCACACGGAAACGGAACUUGGCUCGUCCGUACUUCUGGCGUGCAGAACUGCUAAUCCUGUGGCCGAGUGUCAAUGGUCCUGGCAACCUUUACCGCCGGUCCACCUGCCACUUCCGGAUAUCAGCGAAACUCCAGCCACUAACUUGACAGCGAGAUACCAGCUCCAUUGUUUUCCACGGUAUUCACUUGCCGUGUAUUUAUCGUAGUUAUUAUAGCCACCACAGUCUCGGUGAUUCAGACGACAGCCACGCCGACUACCAAUCCACUGCCGGUACGACAAUUUCCUGCCUUCGGGAACAAUAGCAACGACUGUUCCGUAAGAUUCUCGAGUACGAAGCACGAACAGACCGGAUACUGGAGCUGUGCCGCGAGAACUUCCACGAAUGAUCCUUUCACCAGCACGGGACCUGCUAAGCUGAGCAUCGUUAAUGAGCAUCAGAAUCCCCUGGUCGUAUUUGCGAAGCUCGAUAACAUGGUCGAGGUACCAGCAGGAUCUUCGGCGCAAAUAAUGUGCCAAAUGAAAUCAUCUGUUCGUGAAUGCCAAUGGUCCUGGAGGCAGUUGAAUCAAUCACAACCGUGGAAUCUCGAGGUGAAGCGAUUCCCAGCUUUCGGUAACGACAGCACCGACUGCAGUAUCAAAUUCAAGAACGUGCUGUCGGAGCAAGAAGGAUACUGGACCUGUGGCGCCAGGAUCGAUCCGAAUUCGUCGUUUACGCAAUCGAAUCCCACUCGAUUUCUCAUUUCAGAAGUUGAAUUCGUACAAUUAUCCAGAGGAAUUCAAGUAGCGUCUGGUGAAUCGGUGCUCCUCAGAUGUCUGGUUAACAAGCCAGUGGUACAAUGCGAGUGGUCCUGGAGGGCAUCUAACUCGAGUCAAGAACCUCUGUUAGUCAAGAAGUUCAAUCCGAACAAAGAUGCUGAUCAUGAUUGUUCCGUGAGGUUCAAGAAUGUCCUGUACGAGGAGGAAGGGCUGUGGACGUGCGGUGUUCGACUGUCACCAGAUGGAAUUCUUCACGAAGCGCCACCUGCGACUGUUAGCCUGUUACCCACAGCCAAAGUCAGCUUCGUUGAAAUGCCGGCAGACACUUCCGUGCCAAUUGGUACGGAGGCCACGUUGAAAUGCGUAACGAGCAGCCGCGUGGAAAAAUGUACGUGGACCUGGAAACCACUUCACGGAAACGAGCCAGAAAUCGUCGUUCAGGAAUACACAAGCAACGGUGACCUUGGUAGAGAUUGCUCGCUGAAGUUGCCGCCAGUGUAUGCCGAAAAACAGGGUCAGUGGGCUUGUCAGGUGUCGAUCAGUUCUCUCAAUACGAUGCUGACCUCGCCAUUCGUGAAGCUCACCGUGUUCGAACAAGACGAAGUGAAGUUCUCAGAGCUUUCCCAAGACAUCCAAAUAUCAGCCGGGGGGAGCGUUUUCCUUCACUGUGUGACCUCGUCGGCCGUGGAACAGUGUCGAUGGUCCUUGACGCCGGUGAAUUCAAACACCACGGUGGUGGUGAAACAAUUUCCGGCUGCCGGAAGCGAGGCCAGGGACUGCAGCGUCAGGUUAUCGCACGCACUCGCGGAACAGGAAGGACUAUGGACUUGUGGCGUCAAGUUGCGCGGCAGACAGAACUAUACGGACGCGCCUCCGGCCAAGUUGAGUCUCCUGGAACCAGAGCCAGUAACUGUGGCAUUGUGGGCUGUGCCCCAUCAAAUGGUCACUCUUUCGUGCAAAGUAGAAACUGCGCUAUCAAAAGUGCAAUGCCACUGGAUUCAUGCGCCGAAAAUCCAUAUUUAUCAGAAUAUGAGUGGAACGAAAAGGUACAACAUACAAAUGGAUUAUCAUACAGGCAUAUGUACUUUGAAAUUCAAACCUGAUCAUUCAGAUUUGGGGAAUUGGGUGUGCAAAUUUACUGUUCCAGACACUGAUGAAGAAAUAGGAAGUGCAACACUUGUUCUGUUGAAUAGUCUUGGCGAUGAAAAAUUAGGAUGGAUCGUAGGUGCUUUAACGACCUUGAUUUUAUUUCUAAUGAUUAUUAUAGUUGUUAUAGUAGUUUGUAAAACACGUUUAUUUGUAAGAAAGUCGUCACGAGUUUUAGAAACUAUUCCUUCAUCAGAGAAGAAACAAAAUUUGCAAGCAAAUAAUGAACAGUAUACUGAAAAUCCAUCGAAAGCAGAUAUACAAGUUUCUGAGCCAGACCAAAAUGCAACAAAUAUCGAUAGUGUACUUCCUAAUAGAAGUCCACAAUUUUACGAGCGUGUUGGAAAAUACAGAUCAUCAAAAGUAUACGAAAAUCUUCGAAUAUGA